AAGGGCAGCAGGAGCAGGAGCAGCGAGAUGACAAAGGUGAGCCCCGCAGGCUCGAGGCCAUGGAGCAGCACCAGAAGAAGGACAGCAGAGACGUUGACGGCCGAAAAGGCAGUAUCGUCUCCAUCACGACGGUGACGCAGUCGUUCGAGCCCGCCGACUCGCCGCGGCUGCCCAAGACCAACGAGCACGGCGACGACGCCGUCUUCCCGGGCAUCGAGGAGGCCCCCGUCGACCGCGGCCUGCUGCUGCUCGCGCAGAUGUCGUCCAAGGGCUGCCUCAUGACGCGCGACUACACGCAGGCCUGCGUCGAGGCGGCGCGCGACCACAAGGCUUUCGUCAUGGGCUUCGUCUCGCAGGAGGCCCUCAACGCGGACCCCGCCGACACCUUCGUCCACAUGACCCCCGGCUGCAAGCUGCCGCCGCCCGGCGGCGAGGAGAACGGCCAGGUCGAGGGCGAUGGCCUCGGCCAGCAGUACAACACCCCCGCCAAGUUGAUCGGCGUCUGCGGCACCGACAUCGUCAUCGUCGGCCGCGGCAUCAUCUCGGCCGACGACCCGCCCUCCGAGGCCGAGCGGUACAGGAGGAAAGCCUGGAAGGCCUACCUGGCGCGUCUGGCGUGAUGGGUGAAGGGUGAAGGGUGAAGGGUGAGGAGGAGCCUCUCUUUUUCGGUUGAGCGAAUCCUAACGUGAAUUCACCGGAACAGCAGAGAGGACGCUAAAAGGCGGUCGGUCCAUUCCGGGGGAAUAUAGGCUGUCUAAAAGCGCCGUGAGCCGUAAAUGUUCCGGCGAGCUUGGGUUUUGUAUUUUUCUACAAGGGGAUGAAGCGUAAUCAAUUUCAGUUAUCGAGGGCGUUUCCGAGUCAAUAGACUUGAAGAGAUGGAUGUCUCCAUUGUGCAAUCUGCCGCGAGACCUGACACGGACCAAAGCCUUUGCGGCACGUUGCAUAGUUAGGUAGGUAGGUAGUUACCUUUCUGUCUUACAUAUCCCGCGUCGCGUACCCGAAGCCGGCUCCCGUCAGACUCAUUCACCGGGACCAAUGCGGCCCGAGUCGCAUUUUGGGGUCCGGCGAUAACCGGAAAAGGGUUGGUGAGGGGG